CGAAUAAGUAAGUGUAGGCCUGAGCUGUGUUUGAGCUGUCUUCUCUCUUUCAUUUAAAUCCCCACACUCACUCUCUCUCUCUCCCUCACAAAACUCAAAAAUCCUCUCCCAACUUUCUCAUUUCCCAUUUUACCCUUCUUCCUCCUUCGAAUUUUCAAACCUCUACCACUCCUCACGCAGAUGUAUCGUAUCGUGAAAUGAAGAACAACACCACUCAAUCUCUCCUUCUCCUUCUCCUCUUCUUCUUCUUCUUCUUUGAAAUCUCUCAUUCUCUCUCAAUCUCAUCCAAUGCUCCUCUCUCCGACACCGAAGUCAGAUUCAUCCAACGCCGUCAACUUCUCUACUACCGCGACGAGUUCGGUGACCGUGGUGAGAAUGUCACAGUAGAUCCAUCACUAAUCUUCGAGAAUCCGCGGCUUCGUAGUGCUUACAUAGCUCUUCAAGCUUGGAAACAAGCUAUUCUCUCUGAUCCUAAUAAUAUCACUGUUAAUUGGAUCGGAUCCAAUGUCUGUAACUACACCGGAGUUUUCUGUUCUAAAGCUCUUGAUAACCGGAAGAUCCGUACCGUCGCCGGAAUCGAUCUCAACCACGCCGAUAUCGCUGGGUAUUUACCUGAAGAGCUUGGUUUGUUAACAGAUCUAGCUUUGUUUCAUGUUAAUUCGAAUCGAUUCUGUGGUACUGUUCCUCAUAAGUUCAAGCAGCUUAAGCUUUUGUUCGAGCUUGAUCUUAGUAACAAUCGGUUCGCCGGAAAGUUUCCCACGGUGGUUCUUCAUUUGCCGUCGUUGAAGUUCUUAGAUCUCCGGUUUAAUGAGUUUGAAGGAACCGUACCGAAAGAGCUUUUUAGUAAAAAUCUAGAUGCGAUUUUUAUAAACCAUAACCGGUUCCGGUUUGAGUUACCGGAAAAUUUCGGUGAUUCUCCGGUUUCGGUUAUUGUUCUUGCGAAUAAUCAUUUCCAUGGUUGUAUUCCGACGAGUUUGGUGGAGAUGAAGAAUCUUAAUGAGAUUAUUUUCAUGAACAAUGGUUUGAAUUCUUGUUUACCGGCGGAUAUCGGAAGGUUGAAGAAUGUGACGGUGUUUGAUGUUAGUUUUAAUGAGCUUGUUGGUCCGUUGCCGGAGAGUGUUGGUGGUAUGGUGGAGGUUGAGCAGUUGAAUGUUGCUCAUAAUUUGUUAUCUGGGAAGAUUCCGGCGAGUAUUUGUCAGCUUCCUAAGCUUGAGAAUUUCACUUAUAGUUAUAAUUUCUUUACUGGUGAAGCUCCUGUGUGUUUGAGGUUGUCUGAGUUUGAUGAUCGGAGAAAUUGUUUGCCCGGAAGACCUGCUCAGAGAUCUUCACGGCAAUGUUCAGCUUUCUUGUCACGGCCUUCGGUGGAUUGUGGAUCUUUUGGUUGUGGUCGUUCUGUUGUUAAACCGUCUCCACCUAUUGUAGCAUUACCGCCGCCUCCUCCGCCAUCGCCUCCGUUACCUCCACCUGUUUACUCUCCUCCGCCGUCACCUCCUGUCUUCUCUCCUCCACCGUCACCCCCUGUAUACUCUCCUCCACCGCCACCAUCAAUCCAUUACAGUUCUCCUCCUCCACCGCCAGUCCAUCACAGUUCUCCUCCACCACCAUCACCUGAAUUUGAAGGGCCAUUACCGCCGGUGAUCGGAGUAUCCUAUGCAUCUCCCCCACCACCACCCUUCUAUUGA